AUGGAGUUCACGCUGACAUUCGGCGCUGUCGGUGAUUUUCUAGCACUUCUCUCACUGAUCAACGACAUCAGGUCAGCCUUGGACGAUUGCCGUGGUUCGAAGAAGACAUAUCGCGAUCUCGUCGAAAGCCUAACGCUACUCCAAAAGUCGCUUGAGCAAGUAGUGAAAAUAUAUCAAGGACCUGGUUUCGCAAGCGGGUUACAGGACCUGGGGGCAAUCGCCCAAGCCACUGUCAACCAGGUCUGCGCAGCUCUUCAGGAGUUUCGAGACCGAAUCAGCAGCAAAUACGGCUCCAGCCUGGCCAGCAACGGGUCAGGGAACGUCUUGAGGGAUGUCACUCGAAAGAUUCAAUGGAAGUUUGAAGAGAAAGAUGUCGAGCAGUUCCGCGCGAAGGUGGCGGGACUCACCGUGUCCUUGAACCUUCUUCUCGAUGUCACGGCUGUACGCCUCAUACAACAAAGCCAGGAGGCAACGGCCAAACGAAUUGACGAUGCCGAGAAAAACACAACCAAGGUAGUUCAAAAAUUUGGACAGUCGAUCGAAAAGUCCUUCAGAUUCAUCGGUUCACGCAUCAUGUCGAAACUCGACUUCCUGUCUUCGAUAGGGAUGGAUCUGAAAGACUCGGCAUUUCAGAUUGUCACCUUGAUGUUCACUAUGUCGAGAGACCUGACCAGCAUGGGGGCAGUUCUCUUGAGGCUUGAGAGAGGUGUCGACAACGGCGAGCACUUUGUGCUUGAAGACGCCACAGGACGCACACUCCCCAUCCACCUCAAGACUAUCACAUCAUGGGAGGCAUUCGAGUUCAUCUUGAAUGAUCGGUUCAAGGGGAGGAAAGGGGAGCGCAGAAUCCGACGGAAGCUGUACUCGCUGCAUGAGAGUGCCAGUCAUCAGGAAAUCGAUCGAUCGGCCAUGUUUGAAGAUGCUUUCGUGCCCUAUCAAAAGGUUGACAUGAGCAUAGUCUGCAGAGCUCUAGAGGUUCCGCAAGCUGAUAGCUCAGGUGAUACGGGGCUUUCGAGUUGUCCUUGGUGUCGUGCCACUUCACCGGGCAAACUGGGAGCUCGCGUGCAAUGUCCAACUUGCAAAAAGAAGUUCACUCGGGUGGUAAUCGAACUAGAUGACGAUCUUGCUGCGCCCAUUGCCCCUGUCACAGAUCACACCGUGAAACCCACUGGAAAACCUGGUCCGAAUGGGGAGGAAUGCAGCGAGUGCCAUCAACCAAAAACACCCAGCGGUAAUGACCAGAGAAGAAAGCUUCCAGUCGAUCUGGAAUCAGACUCUGAUGAAGAAAAUGUUACUGGCCUCGCCCACAUUAUUCUCCAGACCAAGAAAAUGCGAGCCAUCAAACUCAAGGAACCCGCGAUUGCACCGCUUCAGGAGGCAAGCGACCCAAAAAACCAAGACGUUGCUGGAAUGCAGCACCACACUGCACAUGAGGAGCAUCCUUUAGAGCAACCGGUUCGCAAAUCAGCAGAGCAACAGCUAAAAACUUCAGGCAAGCCCCGACUACCGGCUCCGCGGGCCGCCACCAUUGCAGACGCCGAGAAAUAUGGCAUCCCUUCAGGAUAUUGGCUCAAAAACUGGGACCCCACCGAGGAGCCCAUCCUCCUCCUGGGCUCGGUAUUCGAUGGUAACUCGAUCGGCAAGUGGAUCUACGACUGGACUGUCUAUGACAAGGGCCCGUCAGCACCGAUUUCAGAGAUGGCUGGUGAGAUGUGGCUGCUUCUUAUCAGACUAACCGGCAGAAUCAAGCGGAGUGAAGAAGUGGUAGACAGGAUAGGGGACGAAGAUGACAAGGAGGUUGUGGAAGAGUUUUUGGAGGCGGGUGACCGGUUGAUGGUUAAGUUUCGCAAGCUUCUCAAGGCGUGUGAGAAGCCCAUGUUGGAGACCAAAAAGGAAGGGAAGCUUGGGAUGGAGGCGGGUGUUCAGUUUGUUAGGUGCAUGUUUGGUCGGGAGUUUGAGCUGAAGAAGACGGAGAGGUGGAUGACUUCGGUUAGGUUGUGGAAUUUGAGGUUUGAUGCGAAUUGUGAGGAGGUGAUUAGGAAACCUUGGAUGCAACGUGCGACUGCGCCAGAAGUGGGUGGCGAGGUUGAUGUGAAGAGCUAG